CAACAUUAGAACAGGUGAGGCUGGUGCCUGGGCUAUUUCCGUGGGUUUAACGUUUGCGCGUCAGUUUCGAGGGGGAAAGUAACCAGGAAACUUCGUGACAUGAUCUUCGAAUUAUGAGGCGCAGUCUUACGGGUGUAAUGAAGUCAUAGGUAUGCCAGUCUGUAGGAUAUCCCACCGGGUGUCAAGUGUUUUCUGGAUGGACUAACGAUUCCCGUGCCUUGGAUAGGCUAUUUCACUUGGAAUUCAAUUUACGAUUAUGUGAGGGGCUCAAGCUGGUGAACGCAGCGGCAAUCAUUUGAACCUCCUUCAGAUUUAUUCCGUUCAUUAAACUAAACAGCUGGACUUUUGUCGUCAUGAAUGUGAAAGAAGGCUGUAUGCAAUGUCUCCAGGCUGUCUUCAGACCAUGUCUAAAAGACCGAAUUAACAAGAACAGUGGACCUCGAAAGGACGAUGUUGACAAAUCGGUGGUUAUUACAAAUCCGCAGGUGGUGGCUCCCAUGCGCGAGCUGCCACCCUUACCAAAAGAAAGGCCUGGAUAUGCUUAUAUAGCUCUCUAUGACUACACGGCUCGAACCGAAGACGAUUUGACUUUUCAUGCUGGCGAUAAAAUCGAAGCAUUGGAUAAAAGCCAUGGUGAAUGGUGGUAUGCGAAGGCUCUCACCGGUGUCUCAGCGAACAAGAAGGGUUACAUUCCAGCAAACUAUGUGGCUGCAGUUGAAACUCUUGACGCAGAACCAUGGUUCUUUCCGGACACAAAAAGGCUAGAUGCAGAGAAACUGCUUCAGGCCGAGGGCAAUGUACAUGGAGGCUUCCUAAUCAGACACUGUGAGAGCCAGAAAGGAGAGUAUUCCCUGUCAGUUUUGGACAGAGGUAAAGUGAAACACUACAAAAUUAGAAAAACAGAGACGGGAGAAUACUUUGUGUCUAGAAACCGGUCCUUUCCCACUCUGAAACUGCUUGUGGAGCACUACUCAAAACAAGAAGAUGGCCUGUGUGUGCGUCUCUUGCAACCGUGCAAAAAGAUGGAGGCUCCUCAGACGCAUGGACUGUCCUACAACACUGCGGACCAAUGGGAGAUCGAGCGCAGCUCAGUGCGCCUUCUGCGCAAGCUGGGGGCUGGACAGUUCGGGGAAGUGCAUGAGGGAAUCUGGAAUGACACCACACCAGUUGCUGUGAAGACUCUAAAACCAGGGACCAUGGAUGCUCAGGACUUCCUGGGCGAGGCUCAGAUCAUGAAGAGGCUGCGGCACCCCAAGCUGAUCCAGCUGUACGCCGUGUGCACCGUGGAGGAGCCCAUCUACAUCAUCACCGAGCUCAUGAAGAACGGGAGUCUGCUGGAGUAUCUGCAGAAGGAUGGCGGUACAAAACUGCGGAUCUCUGAUCAGAUCGAGAUGGCAGCUCAAGUGGCUGCUGGCAUGGCCUACCUUGAGCUCCAGAAUUACAUCCACAGAGAUCUGGCUGCCCGAAACGUUCUCGUUGGGGAGAAUAAUAUUUGCAAAGUGGCUGACUUUGGCCUGGCACGAGUCUUCAAGGAUGACAAUGUAUAUCAGGAUGAAAACGUAUAUCAAGCCAAAGAGGGUACCAAGUUCCCCGUGAAGUGGACAGCGCCUGAGGCCAUCCAUGACAACAAGUUCACCAUCAAGUCCGACGUCUGGUCCUUUGGCAUCCUACUUUAUGAAAUCAUGACCUUUGGUCAAAUGCCCUAUCCAACCAUGACCAACUACCAGGUGGUGCAGAAACUUCCGACGGGCUACCGCAUGACCUGCCCUCCUCACUGCCCCAAGGUCAUGUACGAGAUCAUGCAGGAGUGCUGGACGGAGCAGCCCUCCAGCAGACCCACCUUUGAGACCCUUCAGUGGAAGCUGGAGGAUUUCUUUGACAUGGACAUGUCCUCCUAUGACGACGCCAACCACUACUAGUAAGGGUUGCUCCUAAUCCUGCAACCUUCUGUAAUAGUCCUGUAACACUUGCAAAAAGCCAAAUGUGAUCACUUCCUUUUAGUUAAUGUGGGAUCCGGAGAGGGAAGAGUAAACACACUCCAAUGAGUAAUCUAUUAUGAGAAAGAAUGACGUCAGAUAAAAGCCCUAUCAUGACAUUUCACUGAUGUCAUUUGAACCAUGGCGUAGAAGUAUCUAUUGCAGUAUUGUGUCAGGAUGUGUUGAGAGGAGAGACGCUCUCACAACCAUUAUUGUUUUGUCAACUGAAAGCACUUUUUAUAGACCUGCCAGUGUACAGUACCGUCUGGCAGUUGUAUUGGCAGCACUGUGAACUUGUUUAGGCUUUGUUAGUGACUGUAACGCCAUCUCUGACGUCGUGUUAGUGUUUGGAUGGAAGGAUUGCUGCCUGACCUGAGAAACCUGCUCAACGUGUUGUGUGUACCUGUGUGCAUGGGGACAGACGUGGUCCAGCUGUUUAUGGGUUGUGACUCAUCAGAAUGCUGUUGCCUUUGUCAGAGUCUGACACCUCUUUGAAAAAGGGGAACAGCAUUGACUCAUUAAAUCCGUGUUUCAUAACGUAGGGCCAUUAUGUUUGUUUGUGUGGCCAGUUCACUCACGUACUCUCCGUUGAAGAAUCAGUCCUCCCCAACACACUAUAAAAGCUAUUACACAAAGAGAAACUGUAGAGUUGAAACUAAAGUUUACUAAAUAAUAACAACAAUCCUAAUCAUAAUACUAUGGUUUGACCGAACAUAUCUUUGGCAUGAUCAUGUACAUUACACACCUGCGAGUGCUCUUAUGAAGGACAGAUCAUAGUAUAGUGGUCUGACCAAAUAAGCAGUUAACGCAAAGUUUUUUUUUUUUUUUUUACGCUGUUUUUAUCCUCAUCAAGGGUACACAGUUCAGUGAUUUUUGUUUUCCUUGAUCUACUUUUCAAUGACUGAAAGAUUUGGAAUGGGUUUGCCUUAUUUUGUAUAUUGAACAGCCAGUUAACAGUUGCACAGCAUAACAUAAGUAAGAGAUUUAAUGUGUCACAUGUAAUUUAUUUGUUUGUAGGUACACAAUUGACUUAAAUGUAGUAGCAUUUUUGUGACCUAUGUUUCGGUUGCCUUUAAUUGUCCUUUUGAAGUAUACAUUUUUAAUAAUACUAAAUAUUUCUCUAUCAAAAACAAAAUCUAUUAAAAUGAAAAUAUUUCU